UCCCCCAUUAAUUUUUCUUUCAUCAUCUUUCUCUGCUUCUUUUCCAAAUUCCAGUGAAAACCCUAUAAAAUUCCUAAUUUUAGAACCUUGUCCCUUUAAAAAUUUCAAAUUAAAAGUGUAAGCCUUUUCUGUCAUUUUCAAUUUAACUCAAUUACGCAUUUUAUUCAUUUUUAAAAAAUCUUUCCAUUCUCUUAUUAUUUAAUUGUUGACCUAUUUAAUUAAAAUUAAUUUGCGAUUCGAUUGUUCUUAAAGAAAAUAAUUUUUAAAAAUAAUUAACACGAUUUACUAUUUAAUAAAGCAAAAAAUUAUUUAUAAAAAAUUAUUUUCAGUCAAAAAAAUUUUCUUUAAAAAUGUUCUCAAUCACCAAAACUGCCAUAUUAUUUACAUUCUUGUUGUUCACCUCUACUGUUUAUGGACGAUCAAUUGUAAAGCGAAACAAUGCUUAUGGAGAUGAACCAGUUCUUCCAUCUGGAGCUGCUGCAGCUUCACCUGUUAGUCAGCCAGAAAGGACGGCAGCUGCUCCCGAAACGGCACCGACCAUUGUUGAACAGAAACCGAUAGAAGGAGGUUCUAAUGCACUUUCUGGAAUUGCACCGGCCGCUGAGAAGGCACCAGCACCAGCAGAAGCUGCCGCACCGCAAGCAGCUGCACCUGCUGAGCAAAAACCAGCAGAAUCCCCAGCACCUGCCGCUGCCCCAGCUCCUGCUGCUGAGACACCAGCAGCAGCCGCUCCAACAUCAGGUGCUUCUGCUCCAGCAGAAUCAGCUGCACCUCAAGGUGCUGCUGCUGCCCAACAACCUUCAGCUGCUGUUCCAUCAACUGGAGGAGCUUCGUAUAGCGGUGGUGCUGCCGCUGCCGAAUCUUCUGCUCCUGCACAAAGUGCUGCUGCUCCGGCCGAGUCUGCCGCUCCAGUACCUGCCGCUGCACAAUCUGCUUCUGCACCAGCUGAACAGAAACCUGCCGAAACUGCACCAGCUGCUGCUCAAAAUGCUCCAGCACCUGCCGUCGCACCAUCGCCUGCUGCUGAAACACCAGCAGCAGCCGCUCCCUCAUCAGGUGCUUCUGCUCCAGCAGAAUCAGCUGCUCCAGCCCAAGGAGCUGCCCCGACAGAACAGAAACCUGCAGAAAAUGCACCAGCACCCGCCGAAGCUGCGCCAGCAAAAUCUGCUGCACCGGCUGAGGCUGCACCAGCCCCUGCUGCCGCCGCUUCCCCAGCCGCCACAGGAGGUGGAUAUAGUGGCGCUGCUGCAGCAGAAUCAACUGCUCCUGUCAGUGCUGCUGCUGCUCCAUCACCUGCUGCAGGUGAAGCGACUGCUCCAUCCGCAAACGCUGCCGCAGCUCCAUCACCAGCUGCUGCUGCUCCAGCCGAAAGUGCUCCAGCUGCUGCUUCACCGCAACAAUCACCAGCAGCUGCUCCAGCUGAAAGUGCUCCAGCUGCUGCUGCUCCAGCCGAAAGUGCUCCAGCUGCUGCUUCACCGCAACAAUCACCAGCAGCUGCUCCAGCCGAAAGUGCUCCAGCUGCUGCUGCACCUCAACAAUCACCAUCCGCUGCUGCGCCUGCUGAAAAUGCUCCUGCACAAGCACAACCUGCCGCUGCCCCAUCACCUGCUGCUGAGGCCCCUGCAACUGGAAGUGCUGCUCCAGCCGAGUCUUCUGCCCCAGCUGCUGCUGCUCCAGCCGCAGGAUCUGGAUAUGCAGCUGCUUCAGAGGCCACUGCUCCAGCCAGUGCUGCAGCACCUUCACCAUCUGCCGCUGCAGCACCAUCUCCAGCCGAACAAAAACCUGCUGAAACUGCUCCAGCCACUGCAGAGGCUCCCGCUCCAGCCCAAAGUGCAGCAGCCCCAUCUCCUGCAGCUUCAGCUCCUUCAGGUGGAGCUCCUGCAGAAGUUGCAGCACAACAACCAUCUGCUCAAAAUGCCGCCGCACCCGCUUCAGGGAAUUCCCAAUAUGGAGGUGCUGCUGCAGCUGAGUCGUCUGCUCCUGCUGCCGCUGCUCCAUCUCCUGCUGCCUCGGAAUCAGCACCAGCAGCCGCUGUACCAGCAGAGUCAGCACCAGCAAAAUCAGCUGCUCCUGCAGAGGCAGCACCAGCACAACCUGAGUCUGCACCAGCUCCAGCAGCUGCUCCAUCACCAGCCGCCGCUCCUGCUGAAACUCAAGCAGCUUCUGCCCCUGCACCUGCGGCUGCCCCAGCUGAAUCCGCUGCACCAGCUCAAGCAGCUGCUCCAUCACCCGCUGCUGCUCCUGCCGAAUCUGCUCCCGCUGCAGCUUCACCCUCGCAAGCUGCCGCUCCAUCUGAAUCUGCAGUUCCUGCCCAGGCAGCUCCAGCCUCUGCUGCAGCACCAGUUGAGUCUGCACCUUCUCCUGCUGCAGCUCCAGCCGCUGCUCAAAGUCCUGCUGGCGCUGAAGGCGCUUCUGGUUAUAAUGGUGCAUCUCCAGCUGCUGUCAAUGCUCCAGCACCCGCAGCUUCUCCAAAAGGUGGCUAUUAAAAAGAACAUGUUGUUA